AUGGCAAAGCGUGAUCGUGAUGAAAUCAAGCGCAUCUUCGUUAGUGGCAUCGGGUCAACUGUGAAGGCGGACGCAGUCUCUGAGCUAUUUUCAAGGUGCGGGCGCAUAGAAAGUAUUCGCUUUCUCGGUCGAAAGUACUGCAUGAUCAAGUUUGAUCACCCAGAAAGUGUUUCGAGGGCUCUUCAAUUACACAACACUCGACAGCCUCUCCUGAAAGCACCUCUGCUGAUAGUCACUACACAAGACCUCCAGCCAAACAAAAGACCGAAGCUGUCAGUUGGGGCUUACGCGGUGCUCGAUCCUCCUCGCUUCAAUAACUUUUUGAUUCCUGUCCUUCCGUCCUUUAUGUCUUCUUGAGCAAUUUAA